GGAUAACCCAAGCCUCUUAACACUGGGUCACAAGUAAAGUGAAGGGAUUAGUUAUUAACAGUUUGGUAACUUGUGAGUUUAAAAUUAAUAACAUAAAAUUUUGAAGGGGUUGAGAAGCCCAGAAACCUAGCUGUACGGAUACUCAAUUAUUUUCAGCACUACCCCUCUAGAAAUAAUUGAUACUCCAAUGCUUCACACUGAUUCAAAUUCGUCUCCAAUUCUCAACUGGAAACGAAUUCAGUUCGAAAUCGUACAUUUUAAGCACUCAUUGCUUGCUUGCUUGUGAAGAACAUGAAAACUUGUGAAGAUAAGCUGCUGCUAAAAUGUUCAAUCGAGGCUGGAGCUUCCUUGGAAGCACUUGCUAAAGGAAACAAAAAGACCCCUAAUAAGAGAAAAGGAGGGAGCAUCUGCACACAUUAUUAUCGCACGAGAAGUAGGCUAAAAUUUGAAUCAUUUAAAUCUCCAGAUUUAAGUUUCUUUGACAAAUGCAAAAAACUUCAAGAUCAUGCUACGCUUAAUCACGAGGCUCAUGUUAUCUUCACUGCCUGUCUUGAAAACAGUUUCGGGAGUAUUGCAAGUACUAAUUUAGUUGAUAAAUCAGCUCCCGAAUGUUACGAGUCAGUUCAAAAUGAUUAUAUGAAUGGAUCCAUGAGAGAAGAUGGAUCGUGCAAACUUACUGAAACUGUUUGUGUUUUACUAACAGAUAAUCUGAUGACUUUUUUUGACCCGGGUAUUGAACCCAAAGAUGACACUCAUAUGCAUGAUAAAGACGAAUCGUAUAAUUCUAGUGAUGGUACAGAAGUUGAAUACGCAAGUCUUCCCGUUUCGCUACCGAGCUUCUCAGUUGAGGAUUAUAUCGUUUGCAGUUUGAAUACAGAAGACACAGUUGAUAACAUUCCUGAUUCGCAGUUACUAGAUUCUCCUGAAAAUGUUCUAGAAGAUCCCUCAUUUCAUGAUGAUGAGCACGAUGUCUGUCACAGUGAAGAUGACGUGGAGUUAACGUCAAUCUCACACCUCGACCCUGUUCAUCUUAGUGAAGGGAAAUUUACUUGCAUUUUAAAUACAGAAGAUCCAGAAAUACCGUGCAAUGAUAAUAUUUUCUCGGUGACCCGUCCAUCUCCUUAUGUUAGACUCAUAACUGCUACAGAGUCUAUUGACCCGUCACCCUCUUUUUCUCAGUCACAAAUGGAUGGUCCUAGUUUACAAUCUGAAUACGAUUCUGUAAAUCCACAUGUCGGUGACACUUAUAAAUCGGUAUCAAUGGAUCAUAAUCCUUCUAUAUCAGACCAUGACAACUCUGACAAUGAUAGUGACCUUGAUAUUGAAGAUCCAGAAAUACCAUGCGACGAUAAUAUUUUCUUGCGGAUUCAUCAAUCUCCUUCUGCUAGAUGCCGAACUGCUCCAGAUUCUAUUGACCCUGCAUCAUCUCUCACUCAGUCAAAGAUGGAUGGUUCAGGUUUAUCUUCUGAAAUUGAUUCUGCGAAUCCGCAUGUUGGUUGCACUCCUAAAUCUGUAUCAAUGGAUCAUAAUCCUUCUAUAUCAGACCAUCAUAACAGUGAUCCGGUAAUACCAUCCCCUUCUGUUAGACCCGAAACCGCUACAGAUUCUAUCGAGCCCGCAACAUGUUUAACUAAUUCGCAGAUGGAUGAUCCAGCUGUAUCUUCUGAAUUUAAUUUUGCAAAUCUACGUGUUGGUUGCACUCAUAAGUCUGUAUCAAUGGAUCAUAAUCCUUCGGUAUCAGACCGUGACAGUCAUAGUGAUUUACCUUGCGUUCCUGAUAUUGAAGAUCCAGAAAUACCAACGCCUUCUGUUAGACCCCGAAUGGUUACAGAUUCUAGUGACCCCGCGUCAUGUUUUACUCAGUCACAGAUGGAUGAUCAAGGUUUAUCUUCCGAAUUUGAUUCUUCAAAUCCGCAUGUUGGUUGCGAUCUUAAGUCUGUAUCAAUGGAUCAUAAUCCUUCUAUAUCAGACCAUAAAACUGAUAGUGAUCUACCUUGUUUUCCUGAUACUGAAGAUUCCGAUAUACCAUCUUCCUGUGUUAAAACCGAAACUGCAGAUUUGAUUGACCUAAUGUCAUCUUUUACUCAGCCACUGAUGGAUGGUCCAGAUUUAUCUUCUGUAUCAGUGGAUCAUAAUCUUUCUAUAUCAGAUGAUAACAACUCCGACAGUGAUAGUGACCUACCUUGCUUACCUGAUAUUGAAGCGUUGAUUCGUAAACUAGACUAUGAAUAUGCUCAGGACUCAUGGAUUACCAAUGAAGCUAAAAGUGGUAAAUAUAGACACUGUAAAAGGUCAAUAAGUAGAUUAGAGCAGUCUUCAUCACAAAGAGUCAUGUCAUCUCUAGGUGCUUUUGCUGUCUUUUACAGCCGUCAUUUUAAUUACUAUAUCAAGAAAACAGAGGUCACAGUAGGUAGAUCAACAGAUGACACCGAAGUUGAUAUUGAUCUAAGAAAAGAAAGUCAUGCCAACAUGAUAUCUAGGCAACAGGCUACUAUAAAGAUGGAGACCGAUGGCACAUUUACUCUUAAAAAUAUCGGGAAGGGUUCGAUUUUAGUGAACGGUGAAUCAGUUGCUCGUGGACAAGCGGCUGCACUCAUUUCAUGUUGUUUGAUUCAGAUAAGGGGAAUGGAUUUCAUGUUUGACAUGGAUGACAGAUAUGUGAGAUGGUACUUGGAUAACAUAAUGAAGAAACCACAAGUAUGUCAGAUUUCCAAGCCAUUUCUAAUUGUAUGCGAAGAAUGAUUGUUACGCAAAGUCCGUUCAUGAAUUUCAUGACCAUAGACGUAGUUUGAUAUGGACGGGUGGACACUAAUAUAUAUAACAUAAAAUGGUUAGUCUCUCAUAUUUUUGUCUAAAUGUAAGACCUAUUGAAGAUUUCUUUAGUGCUGGGGUCAUGAGAGUUUGUAUCAACAUCGUUGACAAUGCUAUUGAAUUGCGAAAUUGAGAAAGAGAAUUAUAGGUCGUGGACACGUGAUUUGAACAAUAUUUGUAGGGACAGAAUGAUGAUUUGAUCUAAACUAAACUGCCAUGGUGUAUUUGCUAUA